AGCGCCACCUGCGUAUUCACAUGGGAGAAAAACCCGUACAGCUGUGAAGAGUGUGGGACAACUUUCACUCAAUCAGGUGAUCUCAAAAGACAUCAAAGUAUUCAUACUGGAGAAAACCCGUACAGCUGUGAAGAGUGUGGGACAACUUUCAGUACAUCAGGUGCUCUCAAAUCACAUCAACGUAUUCAUACUGGAGAAAAACCGUACUGGUGUGAAGAGUGUGGGACAACUUUCGCUUCAUCAAGUGCUCUAGCAUCACAUCACCGUAUUCACACUGGAGAAAAACCGUACUGGUGUGAAGAGUGUGGGACAACUUUCACUUCAUCAAGUCAUCUCAAAAGACAUCACCGUAUUCACACUGGAGAAAAACCGUACUGGUGUGAAGAGUGUGGGAAAACGUUCACUAAAUCAAGUGAUCUCAAAUCACAUCUUCGUGUUCACACAGGAGAAAAACCAUAGUGGGUUUAAGAGUGUAGGAUACGCAAUUAAGCAUAUUUUGUUUUUUCACAGUUUACAAUAAACAAUUCCCAUCUAU